AUGUCUGGGGAUGAGGGAUUGUUCAUUUCUGCCAAAGUGCAGGAUACCCCUAUGUCAUUAUUAGUGGACACUGGAAUCAGUGUUACAAUUUUGAGCGUAAAAUCUCUUAAAUCCAUAAAUCCCUGCAAGCACACAAAAAUUACCCCGGUCAAUACAAAAUUGGUUACUGCAACUGGAACCACUUCCUCCUUCAUUGGUCAGACUCGAGUUGAAAUACAAAUUGACCAGCACAAAUUUUACCAUGACGUCUUUGUGGCUGACAUAAAUAAUGAUGUCAUGCUUGGUAUAGAUUUUCUGACCGCCAACAAAUGUGAAGUGCUAUUAAGCAAAAGUUGUCUUGAUGUGCAAGGCGGUAAAAUCCCAUACUUCAGAUACUCUAGUGAAGUAUCUGCCUGUUGCAGAAUUUCUGUGACAGAAAAUGUUGUUGUUCCCCCUGGAACUAAAAUGAUAGUUCCUGGUAGAUCCACUGGUCAUGUCAACAAAUGUGCUGCCCUAUUGGAGCCAACCAAUACUUUUGUUGAAAAACAAGGUCUUAUGAUUGCUAGGUCUUUAGUAAAUCCUAGUAAAGGUAUUGUACCACUGCGAAUACUAAACUUGCAAGAUGAACCUUGCAAAAUUUACAAAAAUACCAUUGCUGCCACCUGUGAACCAGUCAAUGACAGUGACAUAGAAGAAAAACCAAAUAAUAAAAAAAUUCCACAAUGUGUGUAUGUUCAAACUUGA